UGGAGUUGAAUUAUCAACUCCUUAUCACCCCGGCAUUAGGUCGCUAAUAAAAGACGUACAUUUUACAAUUUGCUGCGGUUAUGAGUGUGUAAUAUGUAAAUAGAACUACAAUUAUUAUCGAAAAAUAAAAAAAAAAAUGUCUAAUAUAUUGCGUUUAGCCCUCAAAUACUCCGUCAAGCGGUUUGGAAUCAAUUAUUUGAAAGUGAACAAUAAUGCAGCCAUCAGCCGAACUUCGCCAUGCUUUAAUCAAUUGCUAAACAACACGUUUUACACCGAUGUUCCUUACUCAUCUCACGCCGAAAUCGAGAAACACAUUGAAAAAUUGGAUCUAGAUGCUCGUCGGAAUGGACGAAUUUCCUUACGAGAAGUGGAAAAUGUUAUCAAAGAAAUCAAGUUGAAUCGAUCUGCAUCAUCCUCUCAAUCUGCUAUGGUAAUUCGUUGCUGCGGUAGUUUAAUAUCUGAAGAAUCUCCUGAGAAGAGAACUGAGCUGGUGCAAGAAGUAUGGAACACUUUGGAGAAGUUAGGAAUUGACUUGGAUAUCAGCCAUUAUAAUGCUUUGUUGAGAGUUUACCUUGAAAAUGAAUAUCAGUGGGUUCCUUCCGAAAUAUUAGCUGAACUGGAGCAAAAAGGUCUCGAACCUAAUAAAGUUACAUAUACACGUUUAAUCAGUAGAUAUUGUCAACUUGCUGAUAUCGAAGGAGCUACUCGUAUCUUGCAGUUUAUGCGAGAAAAAGAUAUGAGUAUUAACGAAGUCGUGUUCAACGCUUUGAUAUUAGGCCAUUCAAGAGCCAAUGAUAUGGGAAGCGCCGAAGAAAUACUAAACAUUAUGAAACAAGCCGGCCAAAAACCAUCGCCUGAAACUUACACAUUAUUAGCCUGCGGUUAUGUUGCUCAAGGAAAUAUGAAUAAGGUUGAAUCCAUUUUAGAAGACUGUGAAAGAAAAGAUAUUCCCUUGACUACGAAAGAUCACAUGGACAUUGUUUACCAUAUGUGUUUGAAAGAUCUCGAUAUCGAUGAGAUGUUAUCAAAAAUUCGACGCAACACGUCGUAUAAUCAAGAAUCCAUCAACUGUAUUUACAAAUUGAUUAGCGCCGGUAAAAUAGAACACGCUUAUAAAAUUGUCAAAAGUAUGGUCAGAUCAACUCGUUCAGACGGUACUUUGUCUUCGACUGGUGGCUUUUUCGUCUCAGCCUUAGUGCGCAAUGACAGACCUAGUGAAGAAAUAAUCAAAUAUUGCGAUAAAUUGGUCGAAGAAAAUUUGAACGUGCUAGCUUUAAAUAUAGCUAUGGAAAACAGUUUGAGAUAUAAAAAAGAAUCUUUAGCCUUCGAACUGUUUAGAGCGGCUAAGGAACGAAAUGUGAUUUUGAGGCCACAUUACUUCUGGCCUCUUCUCGUAGCUCGUGGAGAAGCAAAUGAUUUAGAUGGUGUUUACAAAGUUCUUUCGUCUAUAAAUGCUGAAUUUAACGUACCAAUUAAUACGGAAACGGUUCGUGAAUAUGUCGUUCCGUUCGCACUUAAGCAGAACAUCGACAUUUCUACUUUGAUGCACGAUUUGAAAUCAUGCGGUGUUUCUACUUCAGCUGCUGUUAGUUCCGUUGUUAUCAAAUUAGUAACAGCUGGCCGUAUCCGAGAAGCCGCCGAGAUUGCAUCAUCUUACACAGUAACCUACAGCGUUUUUUUGAUUGGAAAACCGCUGGUGAAUAGUUACCUUAAAACUUUGGACGCUGAUUCGUUUACCACUCUUCUCAAGCAAAUUGCUGCCGGUAUUCAAUGGAAAGGCGAUGAGGAAGAGACAGAAGUACCCGAGUAUCGCGAAACUGUUGGAAAAUUGGUUCUCGACGUUGUUAAACAGUUGAAAACUGAACAUGAAUGUAAAAUUAAAGUAGAAGAAAUUUUAAGAUUUUUGCAAGAGAAAGGUGUUGGACUCAGUAGUAGAACGGCCGAAGAAAUACAGACACAAUUACGAAAUGAAUUAACUCAAGAAAUAUCCACCUUAUUGGAAAAAUUGACCGCAGUAGAAUUAACUGCCGCUGAACCCGCAACUGCCGCUGAAUUCACAACUUCCGCUGAGUUCGCAACUUCCGCUGAAUCCGCAACUUCCGAUGAAUUCACAACUUCCGCUGAAUCCACAAUCACCAGUACUGACAGAAAUACGAGAUUUUCACUUAGAAAUAUAAGUGACGACUCGGCGAUCCGUAUGUACGAAAAUGCAAAAGCCAAAGGCGAAGUAUCAAAAUCUCUUCAAAAGAAACUAUUCAACAUAUAUGGCCGGAAAUACGAAUUGGAAAAGCUGUUGGAAUUGAAAGAAGAAAUGGAAAAGGAUAAUUUCGUUUUAACGAACGGCAUGUACACCUAUAUCAUCGACUCGUACGUUGAACAUGAAAAGCUGGACGAUGCUUGGCAAACAUUCCAGUCGCGUUGCGAAAACGAACCAGAUUUCGUGUUAAAUCCGUUGAAAAUGCUCAAAUUUGCACUUUUAGCAGUGAAAAAUGAACAAUAUGAUAAGGCUCACGAAGUAUUGAGUAAAAAGGCUUUGAUUGACGAAAAUGCCCAGACUUCUGAAAACUCGCGUUCUAUGACCAAUUCUCGGAGUUGGCGUAUACUGAAUCAUUUUGCUGAAAAAGGCGAUGUGGAGAAGGUGAAACAGUAUUUCGAUUUGAUUGUUAACAACGGAUACUGUACAGUUAACAACAUUCUGCUAGGACCAUUGAUCAAAGUACAUCUUGUAAAUAAUGACUUGGAAGGCGCUUUAAACGAAUUCGAAAAUUGUUGCACCAAGUAUCGUGUUACUCCAUUCAAAGCAGAACUAUCCAAACGGUGUAUUGAAGCUGAAAAUGCCAGCAGCUUACAGCGUAUUACUGAUCUCAGUACGGAGAUUCACGGCGAAAUUAAUUCUCUUUACGAUUUAAUGCUUUCGUUCUUAGAAUGUGGCAGAUUGAAACAAGCUAAGCAAAUCCUAGAAACGCCUGGUGUUCCUGUGCGACAAGAUCGGUUACAUGUUGCAUGUCAAAAGUAUCAGAACAGCGGAUCUAUCGAACACUUGGAAAAUUUACUCGCUGUCACGAAAAAUAUCGGAUCGAUCGAUCGAUCCGACUUGUACUAUAAUCUUUUACUCGCUUACGAUAAAGCUGAUGAACCUCAAAAAGCAAUGUCUCUUUGGUUGCAAUUGCAAGAAGAAGAUAGGGUGCCGACCGAUACGUUUUUGGCAUUAUUGGCUGAAAUUUUACAAAGGCACAACAUGCCAGUUUCAUUCGAUGUUCCAACCGUAGAUAAAUCUGCUCCACUUGUACAACGGACUGACGGUAGUGUUGAAAUGAGUCAAGUUUCCAGGACUUUCAGAAAAUUACUGAACGACAAUAAGAUUGACGAAGCAGUAACAUUCAAAAAUAGAAAAUUACGAGAAUUAAACGAUGCCGAUCUGUCUCUUUUAUCGGAAGCGUUACUUAAACACGGAAGAUACGAUGAAGCAAAAGAGGUGUACGAAGAAUUACAAAUGCGAGGUGUUUUACCGAUGCCCAGAGUAUUAAAAUACUUUUCAAUCAACGCCAUGAUGAAAGGCGAUAUUGAAUUAUUGGAAAACAUUAAAUCCAGAAUUACCGAAGAUAAAAUGCACGUUUAUCUCGAAAUUGAUAACCGAUUAGGUAAAGCUUACAUGGAAUCAGGACGUGCUGAAGAGUAUCUGAAUACGAUGGAGAAAGAAUUGGACUCUAUUAAUUCUCCAGUAGAAAUGGAAUCAUACGUAAAUUGUUUCCCCAUUGAAACGUUCUUAUCGUUAUUGCUACAAUCCACAACAUUUUUACCUCAAGUGGAAAGAAUAGCGAAUAAAUGUCUGGAGAAAGAUAGUCAAAACGUAACGCCCAUCAGUGCUCUAUGGAUGUAUCAUUUAAACAGUAAGAAUUACGGUGAAGCUGAGAAACUAUGGUCUAAUUAUUUGCAAAACUCUCCGCAACCCAUUCAGUUCAAAGCUUUAUGUAAUCGUGCCGCAAAAGAAGGAGAUGUAGAAACUCUACAAGCACUGAAAGGUUUUAUCGAACGCAAAGUUAAAACUAGUCCUAAAACAUUGGGAAUUAUUUACGGUUCCUUGAUUAAAGUGUUGGUUUCUCAAGAUAAAGUAUCCGAUGCUGUGCAAGUCUUGGAAGAAGCUUCUUCGAAAAUUGAAGUAGAAAAUAUCAUGAGAAAUGCUUUAGAAACUUUAAAAGCAGCUUGUAUAUCCAGAAAUAUUCCGUUCAACUACGCAAUACCUGCAUUUCAGCAGACGUCGAGAAAUGAGCGCAGACCUAGAAAUGAGAACAAUGCUGCUGACAGUGAUUUGGAUUAGUUAUCGAAAUUCUAGAUUUAAUUUUGUAAUGUACCUAGUUAGAUAGAUGUUUGUACAAAGUCGUUAAAAUAAAGUUGUAUUUUUUUCAA